AUCGGACCGGUAUGUGACAUCCAAAGGCAGGCGCUGAGCGAGAUUGCAUGCUAAGAGGGUGCGUGUGUGUGAGAGAGACACAGUAGAGAUGGAAGUAGUAAAACAUUCCAGCCAUCACCACGCCCUGCGUCCCUUCACAGUUCGGGAAGAUAACGAGGGAUCAAUGAACUGCUCGGGGUGUGAGCAGGAUCUCUCUGCAGGUUCGGCUUACAGAUGCACCAAACCCAAAUGUGACUUCUUCCUCCACAGCUCCUGCUUUUGCCUGCUGCAGCAGCUUAACCAUGGAUCCCACCCAUGCCACACCCUCACGCUCCACCCUACCCCUCCCUACCCCGAGAAGGACUUCAUCUGCAAUGCUUGUGGCGAGACUAGCUCUGCUUUUACCUACCAUUGCUCCCCCUGCACCUAUGAUCUCCACGUGGCCUGCGCCCACUUGCCCAUGUCCGUGAAGCGUGAGGACCACCCUCACCCCCUCACUCUCCUCUUCCCAAGCCCUGAUACCGAGGACGUUGACAAGAUCCCUACCUGUGAUGUCUGUUAUGGCACUGUCACUGACCAGUGUUGGAUUUACCGAUGUGAGCAGUGCGACUUCCACACCCAUCUAACCUGUGCCACUGAGGCUGCCGAUCAGCAUGAACAGCCCCAGUCGGAUGCCUUGGAGGAGGAAGGAGAAGAUCGAGGAGGAGGAGAAGCUUCAGAUGAUUAUGAUUCUCUGCUGGAAGCUCAAAGGCAGUUGGAGCUUCUUCGGUUUCAAAACCAGAUGAGCUAUCAAAAUGCCCAGUUCAUGAUGGACAUGGGACGCAGUUUAGCCAGAUUGGCAUAGUUGAAUUCGUCGUCCAUGUCAAUCUUCGAGGAGUCGACCUGAUAUUGGUCUCGCAUACGCUUGGCCUAGAUCUACAAUCCCGGUGAUGAAUUCCUAUCAUUUCGAUUGGUACUUCAAUGUAAACUCAUUGUGAUACAUAUUCAUAUCGAGUCCUGUCAAUUUGCACUCUGAGAAGUUGUUUAUUGUGUGAUUUCGAUUGCCAGUUUGGUUCCAUUCUGUUGAAUGGUAAUUGUCUGCCCAUUUCAAGUGUCUUUUCCUUUACGGUCGACGAUCUAAUGUUGCGAGUUUGUGAGAAUUGUGCAAUCAUAUGCUGUUAUUUUAUUUUUUCGUUUGUAA